AUGUCUUAUAAUAUCAUCCAGCACUUUCAUACAUCGCCCUCUUUAUACCAAGACGACGAGAAAAAGUCAAUCUUGUCUCAUCACUAUUCAUCGCAAAGAAACUAUCUGCCAGAACUACCUCCAACGCCAUCAUCGUCUACACUGUCAUUUCUAGUCAAUGACUCUGGAGAGUCAAUAGACAAUAGCACACUAGAAUCAAAUACCCAUUCACCUAGAUUACCGUACGCAACCCAUCCGCAGUAUGGCUCCGUGUUCUCGUCUUCAUCAUCUGACUUUAAUUACAUGCAGACUACAUCUACAACAACACCAUCUACAAUAAGCCCAAAUGAUGAUGAUGAGGGGCUUUACUUGCUCUGGACACAUCAAUUACUAAGGGAAAGAGGCUAUCACCCCUCAUCCUGUAGAAUGGAGGAUGGAGACCAAGAUGAUUGCGGCAGUAUGGACAGUAGUAUUACAGACCUUUCAACAGCUACUUACGAGCAGCAGCAAUCUCAGCGACAGAAAUCAACAAACCUACCCUCUUGGUUGUUAUCGUGGUUCCCAAUGUGCUAG